AUGGAACUUACAAUGGAGAACAUCGGGAACAUGCACGGCGUCUCGCACUCACAGGUGGGAGAAUUAAUGAACGCCUCGCACGGGAGACCCUCAUCCUCGGCGUCGCACCGAAAUCUAGUGUCACACGGGCGCUCCGCGAUGGUCUCCAGCAUGGCUUCGAUUUUGGAAGGCGCCGCUGGAGAGUACCGGCCCGACCCCGCUCUGUCGGGUCACCUGCACCCAGCGAUGAGCAUGUGCGAGUCGGGCAUGAGCCUGUCCAAUACGUACACGACUCUUACUCCGCUCCAGCAUCUCCCUCCGAUCUCUACAGUAUCCGAUAAGUUUCACCACCCGCAUCCGCACGCCGCGCAUCACCACGCCGCGCACCAGCGCCUUGCCACGGGCAACGUAAGCGGCAGCUUCACGCUGAUGAGAGAUGACCGUGGCCUGGCUUCCGUCAGCAACCUGUACGGACACUAUCCCAAAGAAAUGUCGGCUAUGGCGCCUCCCCUGUCGCCACUUUCCAAUGGCCUGGGUUCGCUGCACAACUCACAGCAAGCGCUUUCUGCCUACGGUCCGAGCGCACACCUGGCAAACGACAAGAUGCUCUCGGCCGGCGGCUUCGACUCCCAUGCAGCCAUGCUGUCCCGGAGCGAGGAGCACAUCGCCCGUAGUUUAGGUGGCCACGGGCAUGGUAUGAUAUCUAAUCUGAACGGCAUGCACCCACACGGGCACUUGCACUCGCAGGCCAACGGGGGGAUGCUGUCCGAUCGUGAGAGGCACGCAGCGGCUGGCGGUCACGGCGUCGGAGGCAACGGAGGAGGUUCGAGUCAAGUUGAAGAGAUCAACACGAAGGAAGUGGCUCAGAGGAUCACGGCCGAGCUCAAACGUUACAGCAUUCCUCAAGCCAUUUUCGCGCAAAGGAUCUUGUGUCGCUCGCAGGGCACCCUGUCGGACCUGCUGCGCAACCCCAAGCCGUGGAGUAAGCUGAAGUCCGGCCGGGAGACCUUCCGCAGGAUGUGGAAGUGGUUGCAGGAGCCAGAGUUCCAGAGGAUGUCCGCGCUCAGACUGGCCGCCUGCAAAAGGAAGGAGCAAGAACAACACAAAGACCGCAACCUGGCACCAAAGAAGCAGCGGCUGGUCUUCACCGACCUGCAGCGGCGUACGCUCAUCGCCAUCUUCAAAGAGAACAAGCGACCCAGCAAGGAGAUGCAGAUCACCAUUUCGCAACAGCUCGGACUUGAGCUAUCGACCGUAAGCAACUUCUUCAUGAAUGCCCGCCGUCGAUGCGUGGACCGGUGGCACGAAGAGCCCAAUGCAAGUCCUGGGCAGCCGGGCACCUCGGCCACCACUUUUUCUAAAGCCUGA